AUGGCAUCCAGCCUUCCCCCGGUGGCAUCCAGCCAUCUCACAUUGGCAUCCAGCCGUCUCACAAUGGCAUCCAGCCAUCUCACAUUGGCAUCCAGCCAUCUCACAUUGGCGUCCAGCCAUCUCACAUUGGCAUCCAGCCAUCUCACAUUGGCAUCCAGCCAUCUCACAUUGGCAUCCAGCCAUCUCACACCGGCAUCCAGCCGUCUCACAUUGGCAUCCAGCCAUCUCACAUUGGCAUCCAGCCAUCUCACACCGGCAUCCAGCCGUCUCACAUUGGCAUCCAGCCAUCUCACAUUGGCAUCUAGCCAUCUCACACCGGCAUCCAGCCGUCUCACAUUGGCAUCCAGCCAUCUCACAUCGGCAUCCAGCCGUCUCACAUUGGCAUCCAGCCAUUUCACAUUGGCAUCCAGCCAUUUCACAUUGGCAUACAGCCAUCUCACAUUGGCAUCCAGCCAUCUCACAUUGGCAUCCAGCCUCCCUUUGAUGGCGUGUGACCCCCAACCAAACGACAAUUCAAAAUUUCAACCGAAUACAACGACCAAACAUUUUACGAUGACAUCUAAUGAGCGUUCCAUCUCUCGCAAUCCUUUCACGACACUGUUGAACAUCAUUUCGAAGACUGAGACUAAACUCAACACCGAGCUUGAUACCGUCACGCGCCUCGAAAACAAGCUAGAAGGUGGGCGUGCUAUGAGCAAACCGGCCGUUGGUCUUCAGCUGUGGACUAUGGGCUUCCUUGUGGUACUCGGCGCUACCAUAGCAGGAACGAUAGUUUGGCUUUACCAUCCAGCCAAGAGAGCUAGUGUUGGAGGCGUCAUCGCCGAUGUGUUCGUCUUCACUGGUGAACUCGUGGCCAUAACCAAUCGGAAGGGGGACGAUGCUAUUCUGAGGGUGGUGAUGAAAGGUGUUAUGCAUAAUGGAAAAGCUGAAGAGUUUGCGCGAUUAUCAUCCGAAUCGGGUCGAACUGAGCACACUUUUGCUAAAAAGGAAGGAGAAUUCACUUGGGUGAUCGGAGCCAUCGAGGAUGCUCGAGGUCCUGUUGGAGAGGUAUUGAUGGAGAUAAUAAAGGACGAUGAUGUGGUUGCAGAUGGCCGAAUUGACUUGAAUGAGCUUUACAAAGAAGGUCGUUUGAGCAAGGACAUGCAGAGGACGACAGAGAUAAAAGUACCUGUUAAAGGUGGUAUUGUGGAAGAGAUCACCUUGAAUGGUAAACUGGCUAAAGGCUCUAAUUUCCAUGAGGCGCUGCGUCUAACCAAAAGUGUUUACGUUGGGGUCAAACGUGCUGGUGUCUUUGGCAUUGCAGCGUACGGCAUGUGUGCGAUUUUUGGGGUCUUCGGCAAUUUUGUGGUAGGGGGAAUGUUCCUCUUUGGAGGGUGCACAACACAGAGCAUAGUAGCCCUAGUUGCUAUGGUUGUACUGGCAGCCUUGGUCUUACCGACCUUAUCCUCUUGGACAGCUCGUGACGACGUAGCAAGGAGCAAGAUGUUCCUCGGUCGACUGAGCUCACAGUUGAAGGCUCUGGUGCUGAUCAUACUAGCAGGAGUACAGAUAGUGUUGGCAGCUACGGGAGGCACAGUAUUUGUGAAAGAUGAAGUGAAGGGGGACUUGAUGGCCCUCGUGAAACCGAACUGUCUGUUGAAGGAGUCUGCUCAGGAGAGUGAACAGCAGCAGUACGCUAUCCCAUGA